AUGUCCAAUAUUAACUCCGAUAAUUCCGAAUCCAUCACCGUACAAGUUGCUCUUCGUAUAAGGCCCUUAUCUGCUGAAGAAUUAGUUAAUAUACCGACACGAUUGCAAAAGAAUGUUAUUUCCGCCACCCCUUUCACUCCAAAUCAAGUCGUCGUCCAAGGUGACAAGAAACGUUCCUACACCUUUGAUCAUGUAUUUGGUCCGGAGACAACUCAAAAAGAAAUUUAUGACAAGGCGGUCAUGAAUUUGGUGGACAAAUUCUUGGAAGGAAAUAACGUUACUUUGCUAGCGUAUGGACACACAUCAUCCGGUAAAACUUACACGAUAGGGUCAGCAGAUAAUUCCUCUUUAACUCAGGAAGCAAAAGGAAUGAUCCCUAGAUCAAUUACCACAUUAUUCUCUUGUAUAAAUUCAACCCAAUAUAAAACGCGUAAAUUUUUCAUGAAAGUUUCUUUCGCGGAAAUACAUAAAAAUGAAUUGAUAGAUUUACUUGAUGAGGGAUGUGAUAAAAAAUUGGAUGAGCAAAAUAUCGAACAAAGUCCCGUUUUAUCCGGAUUACAAGAGAUUAAGGUGAAUUGUGCUGAGGAAGUCUUGGGUCUUUUGUCUUUAGGACAAUUACAUCGAAGAGCAAAACCGCAGGAUUACCCUAGUGAGAAUUCACAUCUCAUUGUAACAGUCACCCUAUCACAACAAAAAUUCAUACCGACAAAUUCUUCCGCUUCAAAUUCUUCAUCAAAUACUCCACCAUCGACUCCAAAUAGGCUUCGUUUCGGUAAAAACAAAUCUAGAGAAGACUUGAGGUCAACUAAACAAUUCGAAGGUGAUUGGGCUUCCGUGACGAGUAAAUUUCAUUUUGUGGAUUUGGCUGGUAACGAAAUGGAAAAGGGCAGCUUCGAUUUGGAAGAUGUGUUAAAAGAACAUUUUUCAACGAACGAUACAACACCCAAAGUUGCGAUCGGUAAUAUGAUUUGCGCACUUGGAGAUCCCGUACAAAACACAAAACUUUUACCUUACAAAAACAAUAAGCUCACAAAAUUAUUUCGAAAAUACCUUGGCAAUAAUUCUCAAGUGUUGAUUCUAGCUUGUGUUUCACCUGCGGGAUAUAACAUUAAAGAAACGAUUAAUUCGUUAGACUAUGCAAAAUUUGCUCGUAGUAUAAAGUACACCCUCUCUAAAACCCCUUAUCAAGAGGAGGAGGAAGAGGGUUGGAAUGAUUUGGAACAUUUACAAAAUUUGGUAUUAAAAUUAAGAUCCGAAAUUAGAGCUUUGAGAAAUGCCACUAUUUCAAUUGAAAACGGUCUAGAAUCGGGUUCAAUUUCUUCAUCAUCAUCCAUUAAUGAUGCCGAUAUCUCAAGGCAAUCAAGUUUGUCCCCAUUAAAUAAUGGGAAAGAAAUUGACAACCUUGAGAGUAAAUUCGUCAUACUUAAACGUUCUUUUAAUGACCUUUCAAAAGAAUUUACUAAAUCUAAAGCUUUGGAUUCUACAACGUCAACAAUUAAUGAGGAGACGAUCGAUCAAAACGUUUCAUGUUCAGAGGAAGAUACCGAUAACAAUACUCUGGUUGAUAACGUAUCUUCUUCUUCAGCUAGCGAUUUAAUGUAUCAACAAAUUUCAAUGUUAAAACAGGAAGAUGGGAAAACUUUUAUUAAAAGUGUUUGGCCGAGUUUUCAGAAAGCUGUUGGUCCCGUUAUUCAAGAGUAUGAAAAAUCUAUCACUUCACUUGAGAAUCAGCUAUCUUUGGUUCGUGCCGCUUUAUCCCAUUCAGAAACGAGAAUGCAAACUCAAGAACGUAAACUCGUUGAAGCCGAGGAUCAUAACGAGCAGAGUAAGCGCAUGAUAAACGAUUUAAAAUAUCAAAUUUCAAAAAUUAGCGAACGGGAAGAAACCACCGAAAGUUACAUUAAAGAUCUUGAGGCAAAAUUAAAUUCGGAUAGUUGUGAUCAAGAGAAAGAGAAAAACAGCAUCAAUGCUCUAAAGAAUCGCGUGGAAGAAUUAUUGAGAAAUGAAGGAAAUACCGAAAAAGUCAUUAGAAAACUUGAAACCCGUUUAGAAGGAAGCGAAGCUAAAAAUUCAAAGUUGAGUAAGCAAGCAUUACAACUUGAGAAAGAUUUACAUGAUAAAGAGGAUGGAUAUCUCGCCCUCAUUGAACAAUUUGAAAAACAAAAGAACAUUGAUAAAGAGGAGAAGCAAUGGUUAUUAGGAGAACUUGAAGAUCGUGAUUCUAGAAUUUCACAACUUGAGGAAAAUGUUGAAGUUCUCGUCAAAGAAAUUGAAAAUAUGAAACAAUUAAAAAUCGAGAUCACCCAACCUCCGAGAAAUUCUCAUUCAAAAUCGUCAUCUGUUUCUUCCGCUUCAAAUGUCGAAACUCCUUCCUAUAAUCAAUCUGAUUUAAAACCUUCGAUAAAAAUUAGUGAAUUCCCAUCAGUUUUCACCCUCGAGUCACAACUUGAUAACCUUCAAUUAACUCAUGAAAGAACGGUGGAAGAAUUAAGUGAUAUUCAAAGGAAAUACAAAACAUGCCUUGCCGAACUUAAGGAACUUCGGUCUCAAUUAACGGACGCAAAAUUAGAAAAAUUCGCAAAGACGAUGGCCAAUUCUGCAAAGGAAGAACCUUCUAAUAGUUCGGACUCCUUAUCUACAUUUACGCAUCCAGUCAAAGCAAGGUCACUAUCCGCUGAUUUCAGAGGGGAAGAAAAGGCUAAAAUUACAACGGCUUCUAUCAUUCAAAAACUCCAAAUUGAAUUGAAACAGCUAGAAGUCAUGUAUGCUGAUAAAAAUUCCGGUCUAGACACCGUAAAACAGGAAUUUGCACGCCUCCAAUUAAAUUAUCGCGAAAGCCUUGAAAUCGUUGAAGAACUCCGUGAAGAAAUUAAAAGAAGGGACGCUCUUGCUCAACUGGAAAUCAUGUCUGGGAAAAUUUCUGAACUUCCUUAUGAUGGGGAUUAUUCAGAAACUACGAGUGAAAUUUAUCAGAUUGAACUCGUGCAGAGGCUUAGAGAAGAAGUUGAACAACUUAAAGACGAUCAACGUAAAACAUUAGACAUACUUGCCGAGCAAGAAAAAAUUCCAAAUCAGAACCUAGCAACGAUAAUUGAAAAAAAUAUCACUGAACUUAAAAAUGAAAUGAGUGAAAUGAUGCAAAAAUAUGAUGAAAAUCGUUUCUCAACCAAGGUUGUAAAGGAUGAUGAAGCUAUUCGUGAAUUACAACAUAGGAUAACGACACUUGAGGAACAACUCGUUAAAACUCGAGAAGUUUUGAAAGACUCGCAGAUAAUCACUGAUUCUUCGAAUGAUGAUUCCUCCGAGUCCAAAGAAUCGUUACAAAUUGAUCAAAAAACGAUAAUCUCAAAACUUCGAAAUCAAGUUGGUAAACUUCAAAAAGUGAUUGUAUCAAAAAGUCACACAAUAGCUUCCAUAUUAUAUCCUUCAAUAGAAUAUCAGAAUUCGAUGCAAAAACUUGAAGAUGAACUUGAAGAAGCAAGACAGGAACUCGAACGUGCAAUACGAACGAAAGAUGACAACACUGUCACGAGAGCUCGAGAGAGCACUGACGCUACUUUGCUAUACGUUGAUAACCCCGAUGAGGAAACUACGAGCGAUUGUCUAGAACAGAAUUCUGAUGAACAUUUAAAAGAAUUGGAGGAUAGAGUUAAGGAUUUAGAAAACCGAUUGACAAAUACAAGAGAUGUUCAACAAGACACAUUCAUGCAAGUACCUCUUUUGAACAUUUCUUCUCCUACACAAAGAUCAAUCGAUGAACUCCAAGAAAAGCUUGAUAUUCUACAGAGGGAAUUAGUUGGUAAAUCCGAAACUAUUGAAAGUCUACAAGUCGAACGAGAUAUCGUAAUAUCCCUUAAAGAGCAGCUUGAAAAUCUUAAAGGUGAGAUAAGAAGCAAGCAUGAGCUAAUUGAAUCCAUGAAAAAAGACCUUACAAGUAAUUUCAUGUUGGAACAAAAAUUAAGGCAAAAAGAGGCGCAAACUUUAAGUUUGAAAACAAACCUCUUGCAAGUCCAAAAUCAGGAAAAAUCUUUACAAGACGAAAUAAUGGAACUUAGAUCGCGCCUUGCAAACAUCGAAAAUGGUGAUGAUGUAAAUAAAUCUCUUCAAUCAGAAUUAGUUAGUUUACGGAAAGAACUCAAAAAUUCUCGUGAACGAGAAACCAUUGCCACUGAAAGGCUUCGAGUAUUAAAAGCAAGGUUGGAAAAUGAUUCCGAAGAGUCCCUAUUGCAAGAACAAUUAAAUUAUUUACAAAACGUCGAAAUUAUGCAGAAAAACAGGAUCAUUGCUUUGGAAGACCGAAUUUCUAAAAAAGGAGUUCAAGUCGACGAAUAUUUAGUUCAACUGAAGACCGAUUUAACUAUUACCAAAGAGUCCAAGUCAUCUCAUAUAAAAACGAUUGAAGUGUUAGAGACAAAAUUGAAGAACGUUGAAAAUAAAUCUGAAUUACACGUUUUUGAGCGACAAAUUCAAGAAUUGAAAUUAAAUGAAUCCAACCAACUUCAGAAAAUUCAUUCUCUCGAAAGUAAAUUAAAUGAUCAAACUUCUAGCGAUUUGAAGCAAAUAAAACAAUUGCUAGAAGAAAUUAGAAAUAUCCUUGAACGAGAGCAAAAACAAGAACGUGAAUUUGCCACAAUCACUAAUUCUUUAAAAGAAUUUGAGGAGGACACGAGGAUCAAUUCUAUGAGGGAUGAGAUUAACGAAUUAAUGGAUUCAAAAUCUGUUCUAUAUAAUAAAGUUCAAGAGUUACAAACUAAACUUGCCAUCUCAGAAGAACAACUUUUGAAUUUUAGAAGUCUACAAGAAGAAAUUGCUUAUCUAAAGAAUUUAGAUAACGAACUAAAGAACACAAUUCAAGAAUUACAUUUCCGAUUCAAUCAAAUACGAGACUCCAAAGACUCGGCUGUCAAAGAAUUAAUGACCUUAACAGAAAGUUUCAAUCUACAAAAGGAAAUCGUGAAAUUCCUUGAAUCCGAGAUGAAGACCUUGAAAGAGGAACUGAUAUCUACUCAAAAGAACCAUAUAACUUCAACGUAUGAACUCGAAAAGGUAUCCAGUUUACUAGAUACAACCCAAAAACAAUAUGAGAAUGAGAAGAAACGAGCAAAGGUUCUAGAAGUCGAGGUUGAAACUUUCAAACUCGUAGGAGAUUCUGGCGAUAAGAACAUAAACUCUUUACGAGAAGCUUUAACAAAUACAAAGCUUGAAUUGGUCGCCAAAAAUGAUUUGCUGACUGAACUUGAAUCUCAAAUGAUGGCCAUUGAGAAGGAGAGGGAUCAACAUAUCAAACUUUCAAGCGAAUUUACCGCAUCUCUUGAUGAGAGCGAAUCACAACAUAGGGAAAGCAUAAGCGUACUCAAAUCUAGAAGAAAAAUUUUAGAGGGUGAACUUGCCUCGGCUCAAGAAUUGUCAAAAUUAAGCGGAGAAAUCAUUGCAAGUCUUGAAGAAAAGCUUUUCGAUGUGCAAACCCAACUUGAAAACGCAACGAAUUCUGAUGAAGAACAAUCAAAGAUCAUUAAAGAAAUCGAAUCAAAAUUAGGUGAAGCAAAUGAAGUCAUGACACAAAAUGAGGAUAAGUUGACAAAGCAAAACUUCCAAAUUAGUGAAUUAGAAACUGUGAUCCAAAAAACUUAUCUUGAAUUGCAAACAGCCAAAGCAUCUGAAAUUGAGGUAAAGAAAAAUGUAGAGGAAUUAGAGUCAAAACUUGCAGAAGUCACUUUCAAAUUGCAAAAUAAUAACUCGGCAGCUGAGAUGGAAUCCGUUAAAGAAACCACAGAAAAACAAUUGAUUCGUAUCAGAGAACUUGAAGAAUUAUUGCGAGUACAGCAGGAACAAUCAACGACCGAGAAUAAUAUCGUCGAUCUAACGGCAGAAUUAGAAAAGGCUAGAGCAGAUGAAUCCGCAAGAAUUGAAUUUGUUAAAGAAUUAGAAACCAAAUUGGUAGAGAAGAAUAAUGAUAUAAAUGAAUUACAACAAGUUAUAGAAUUUUCUAACAUAGAACUUACAAAGCUUCAGGACUCGGAGACAAAAUUAGAAAGCAAAUUACAAGAUCUCGAAAAUCAACGUAUAGAGAUUUCCAAACUUGAUGAGACAAAUAAAGCUGCUAAAAUCGAAGAUUUAACAAAUAAACUUCAUCUUGCUAGAAGUCAAAUCAAAGAACAUUUAGAAGUCAUUGCCGAACUUGAAUCAAAAUAUAAACAACUUGAUUCCGAAAAACUAGAACACAUCAAGCAAAAUACAGACCUUUCAGAACAAGUAGCGGAACUUAAAAUGAGUAUGGAAACAAUAUCAAAUGAAUUCAAGGAAGCGGUUAGCAAAUACGAGAAUGUAGAAGAAAUAUCGAAGCAGCAACAAAAAUGCAUUUUAGAUUUAGAAACUGCAAUCAAUGAAGCCAAGAAAAUUCACACUAUCAGAGAAUUUGAAAACAACGGAGCUGAACUUUCGAAUUCAAGUGACAACUUGCUCGUUAAAAUUGUUGAAUUGGAAGCUCGUGUUACAGUAUUAACCAAUCAAAACAAGAGCUUGCAAGAUGAAUUAUCGAAAUGUGAUGCUGAUUCAUUAAGGGAAAUGAAGAUCAAGAUCAAAGAAUUACAAGGCGUUAAAGAUGAAUUAGAAAAUAUAAAUGAGACUUUCCUUGAAGAAUGUAGUAAACUUGAAGAGAAAGUACAAUCCCUAAGUAAACAGUUAUGGAUACUCGGAAAUGAUGGAAAUGCAAUGGCACAAGAGGUUGCCGAUCUUAAUGACCAGAUAAUGAGUCGUGAAAAAGAAAUAUCGAUUUUGAAACGAAAAACUACAGGUUAUAAAGAAUUAGAAUCAGAAAUUUCACGACUGUUGAAAGAAAAUGGACAUUUGAAAGAAGAAAUUAAAGAUCUUUCUGCAAAGGCAGCCAAAGAAAUUAAUACUUCCUUAGUACGUACUUUGUCAGAAGAAUCUAACAAUGCCGAUAAGGAAGAAGUUUCGAAACUAUUGCAGCAUGAAAAUACGAUUGCUCAACAAAAUAAUCUUAUCAAAGGUCUCCAGAAAAAUAUUUCAGAACUUGAACAACUACUUGAUGAAUCUUGUAGAAGUGCUGGAAAAGAUAAUAAUGCAAGCAAACAAAUUUCGGAUAAUCUUUCAAAAUCAUCACCAGGUUUUCGUAUACCAUUUCCUCCACGACCAGAAUCCGCAGAAAGUUCAUCACAAGUUGCGGAACUCUUGGCAGAAAUACAAAAAUUAACCAAGAAUAUGGCGAAGUCGGAAAGUGAAAACUCAAAGAAUCAACAACUUAUCGAAACACUUGAAUUUACUCUUAAUGAAAGCGAAACAUCUCUACAAAUGACUAAAGAAGAAUUGGAUUCUGUAUUAAGUCAAAAGCAGGAUUUACUUAGAUAUAUUAGUGAUUUGCAAUCUUCGUUAGAUGAAGUAGAGGCUACAAAAUCUGAAGUUGAAACUCAAAAAAUAAGCAUAGAAAAAGCUUUGAAUGAAGAAAGAAAGGCUAAAGAACUUUCUGAAAGGGCGAGAAUUGCUCUUGAAAAUCGCGUCGAACAACUUAUAGCCAAGAAAAAUAAAUUUAUGUGUUUUUAA